ACUGAGUCAGUCAGCCUAUCUCUUCCUCUGCCUCGUUGUUUUCAUUCUCUCUUUUCGUCACGUUCAUCACGGUUGGAAACUUUCAUCGGGGGUGGAAAGAAAUCUCUUGGGCGACUGUAAUCCGGCACUCUACCAGGUUGAAUCGCCGUCCAGUCUUCAACAUUCUUGUCUCGAAUGUGCCAAAUAUUGAUCCAGCAUCGUAUCGGCAUUUGAGACUUCUUCGCGAACUUGCCUCACCAGAGGAGAAACAGACAGAGUCGCUUCUACCAUGUCAAUCAGUGGACCGUGUGCCUGGUUGUCCUCGCUGCCGCCUCCAGUGACCUCUCACCUGUCUGGGAUCCAGAGUAACUGGCCAACGGCCUCCUGGAACAGUGAACAGGCCCCGUCGAGACCCAAGGUGACUCCAUCCAAGUCGAUCGGGAGGUGGGAGAAAGACGGCGAGCCGUCGAAACCGUCCCCAGCCGCCAUGCAUCCGGCGGUGAUCAAGGCUGAGAACGUCUUGACUGCGGCGAAUCGUGCGGGCACAUCCACUCCCAUCCGACAACCGGGGGCUGAAGUCCCCAAGGGCGAUGCGCGCCUUCAACACCCAGAAGCUGCAGGCUCCAGCUCCCAAACCGGGCCGGAGGCCCUGAAACAGGGUGUCAGUCACAUCCCAGCCCCGGAGGCGACCCCCACGAUCAGACGGCAAAGCAAGGACGAACUAGCAGACGCCUUCCACGAUGGCGACGCGAUGGAUUCUUCCGACGACGGUGCUGCAUCUCCUGGAGAGAAGAGACACUCGGCGGAUUCGAAACUCGAAAAGAAGAAGAUGAAGAGAUUCCGAUUGACGCACAACCAAACCCGGUUUUUGAUGAGUGAAUUCACCCGACAAGCACACCCCGAUGCUGCUCAUCGGGAGCGAUUAUCGAGGGAGAUCCCUGGGUUGACCCCACGCCAGGUGCAGGUCUGGUUCCAGAACCGACGAGCAAAGCUCAAGCGACUCACCAGCAACGACCGGGAGCGCAUGUUGAAAUCUCGGGCCUUGCCGGAUGAUUUCGAUACAACCCAAGUGCUACGGACGCCUUUUGAAGGAAAGUCAUCGUCGGAUGGGCCGGUAUUGAUGACGGACGGCCUACAACGACUCAACGAUGACGAUUAUGUGAUUUCCCCCCUGAGCUCUGCGUCUACGACCGGGCACGGUUUCUCGUCGGCGGGCCCUGACAGAAGCAUCGACGCAUAUCCCUCAGCCAGCCUGCUUGCGAGUCGCGCCCCGGGGUCUUUGACAGACCUACAUCGAAACAACCGGGGGACUUUCCCCUAUCCCCGAUCCAGCAGCUUCUCUGAGGCGUCGCUCAGCGCUGGGUUGCAUUUCCCUGGGCGGUACCGGCAAGACUCUGUUGGGUAUCAUGGGCUGCCAUACGCACGACGUCCGGUAGACUACACCAUGCAUCGACCGGCAAACGGCAUGGUGGUGGGAUACGACCAGCAGCGGCCGUUGGAAGGCUCCGUAUCACCCACGGGGCAGCCGGAACAAUCCAUGCCAUACAGCGUGGACAGCCAGAAUCAACCAGUACACAGUUACCAACCACCCCUCACAAUGCCCGCCCCAAAAGGAUACAACGGGAUGGAGAUUGGCUCCCAGAUGCAAUCCCAAGGACGACAGAUCCCCUCCAUCCAGUCGAUCCCCGUCUCCGAAGCAACAGACUACAGACCUUACUCCUACGAACACCACCCCUACAGCAUGAACGCGGCCAUGCCAUAUAGCCACGCAAACACAUCCAGCAUGAGUCUCCCGGCGUCGUUUCCGUCCGACUCGACCAGCGCCACAGCCAGCAGCUCCGCUGAUCCGAUGAGGGCAAAGUACGGCACUCAGACGUUUGACUAUGCGAAUUACCUUUAAUAGCCUUUUCGAUUUGAUUCCGCCACAUAACCGUUUAAUCAAUUUUUUUUUCUUUCUUUCUUCUUCUUUCUUCCGUCUGCUAACAGGUUAGACAUUCGAUCUGAGCAAUUUGGGCCAUCUGCAGCGACCACCUACCUACUUAUUUUUUUAUUUUCUAUACACUUCCAUAAUGUAUUGUGGCUAGAUCUGUCACAAAAUUUCAAGGAAGACAAAUUGCUUCAUUUCUUUCUUUUUCUACUCCCUACUACAGUCAUCAGGCGUCCUUUUACCUUACUUCACUUUACUAUUGGUUUCUCCUUUCCUGUCUAUAUUUGGUUGACUUUUUUCGUUAUUCUUUCCCUUUCUCUUCUGUCAUUUUUCUGUCUCUUCCCUUCUUUCCUUCUUCCUGUCCACCAUCAUAUUCCAUUUCCAUUCUGGACUGCAGGCAGUGAUGUAUGCCUGGACGUGAGAGCAGUCAAAUAAGGGAAAGGGAUAUCUAUUCACAUUUACAUAUUUUAGUCUGGAUUUUU